GAGCGGUUUCCCCGGGUAGCCUUUGGAUGCCACUUCUGCUGCCAAGUCGUCAACAAAUGGCAGUUGAGGUGAGUCGGACAGCUGUGUGAACCGUACGGCCCAACUACUAAAGCCGAUCUCUGCAUCUCUCGAGCUGACUCAUUCUCUCUUUCUCUCUCUCAGACAUUACCGCUGGCCCCACCCUACCCUCACCCCUUCAUCACCGACUCCUCCUCCUCCUUCGGCUUUAAGCCUUUAAGGCCCCCCACCCCCUUCGUCUCCUUUGAAAUUCAUUUAUGUUUCUCUCUGUUUGUGCUCAAUUGCCUCCCUUUAAAACUGAACCUUCUCUAAUUCCCCGGCCCCUCUCGUCUUCACUUGCUACUUUCAAGUUCUCUCCGUCUUCUCUCCACCCUCUCUCUACUAAUUAUUGUAGCUUCUCCGACCAGUAACUGCCAUUAUUGCCAAUCAUCUAUCCCAUCUGGCUUCAACCAUAACCCUGCUUCCCUUUUCAUGAUGGCUGUUGACCUACAGACUGGUGAAUCCACGCUUCCGUCUCAGUUUGUUCUUGACAAGGACGAUCAUGUUCUCUCUGAGUACCACAAUUUCUCCAACCAAAAAGCCUCCGCUUUAAACCCCCACGAGUUUGGAUCCCAUAGAGCUUCUCUCGUUCCUACGGCCGAGGCACAGAGCAACAGCGACAAGGACGACGAUUUCAUCUCUGAGCUUACUCGCGAGAUGGCUCACUUCAUGUUUGAGGAUGACGACCAAUUCCGCUUGUCGGGCAUUGGCUCUAGCGAUUUGGAGAUGUCAUGGGAUUCAACUGAUUCGUCCCAAUCCACUCUCUGGUCGCCGUUGGGCUCAAUCCAAGGGAGCCCAGAAGGCCCUUCUCUGGAACCAACGCCGCCAGCUACGCCCUGUGACGGCAAAAACUCUUGGCCGGACACCGCUUGCGACGUCGUUGGGAUGUUUGAGAAGAUGAACAACGACGAAAGAGGGCAUUCAAAAUAUCUCCACGGUUAUGGGAAUCACAGCUUCAACCAAGCUCUCAUUGACCAACAAAUUCGAGCUGUUCAGUUAUCUCGCCUAAAUCAACAGCAGAUUGUGAAGCAAAAGCUCGCUGCAUAUCCUGAAAGCCAAGCCCAGAUGCCGCAUCAGUCCGAACUCAGCCAACAGAUUCAACAAGUUCAGAAGAAAGGUAAAGGUAGCAGCGUCGGGUCGGGUAAUGCGCGCAGGAAUCAUCCGCCACCCCUGUUCACUUCAAGCACCCCAGCUGGGUCGGGCAUGGGAGCGGUUUUUCCUGGAGGGUCUGGUUCGAAAACCGCGUCUUGUGGGACCGGCGUGUUCCUGCCUCGCGUGAACACUGCUCCGUCUGAAUCACGCAAGAAGCCAGGUUGCUCCACUGUAUUGAUACCGGCCAGAGUGGUGCAGGCAUUACAACUCCACUUUGACCAAAUGGCUGCCACGUCUGGGCCCAAAGCCAGCGGCUUCCCUCCUCUGCGAGAAGUUCUGGUGAGUGACAAGGACGGCAUGUAUUCGCUGCAGAAGCGACAAUCACGGAAGGAGCCAGCAAAUUUGCAGAACGAGACGAGGCUGCCUCCGGAAUGGACUUAUUGAGGAGGGGCGUGGUCAUGUGAAGGAUUUCAUGAUGCUGUUUUGGCAGUUUUAGAACCAAAGCAGAAAGAAAAUAGAAGGGCCCGAGAGGAAUCAACAGCAAAGUUGAAGAAGAGAGAGGGGAAUCUUUUUAGAGGGUCGUUAGUAAGAAUCAAGGUGAAUAGUACCAGAUUGAGAAUAUUCUGUAGAUUCGUCUGUGUUGUGUUUUUGUUUGGUGGGGUUAGACUCUUCAGUCAGACACGUGAAGAUGGGAGAGAACAAGCGGUGGAAUGAUUUUUUUUUUUUUUCACAGUUACAGGAUGAUAAUAAAGCUUUUGUAUAAAGAUGAAACAGAACAAGAGACCAGUGCAUCACAGGGCAGUGGCAUCGCUGCUAAGCUGGGUGGGAUUGGGGGUAAAGAUAGUGACUUUAGUAUUGAGGAUGCAUUUUAAUAAUCCUUUGUAUUGGAAUACAUAAAUAAAUAUGCUGAGCCUAGCAAUGUUAACUUUGGCUGUUCUUCUG